AUGUUAAUGCCAAAUCCUAGUAUGAAAAGUAUUAUAUUCUGGCAAUGGGCUAAUCAAAGCAUUAACGUUGCUAUAAAUUAUAGUAAUGCUAAUAAAACUAUUAUGAUGAGUCUGAAGGAAACUGCUACUGUUGGGUUAACACAAGCAGUACCUCGUCUAAAAUUCAUAUCUCCUUCAACUCGUGGAAUUAAGCCAGAUUGGUACCUUUGCAACUGCUGGAACAAUAGAAAUGGGAUCGAUGUUUAUGAUGCUGAUGGGAAUAAUUUGGGUAAAUCACAAAAAGCCGGUGCAAAUGCUGUUGGACAGGUUGCAAUCUCUCGCAUACUUACAAAUUUUCCUGUGCUAACAAUUCCACCACUCAUACUCUCGCAACUUGAAAAGAGAUUAUUAAAAAAACUAGCGUAG